GGGCCCCGGUGGAGGCACCUCCAUGCACCCCCCCCCCCCCCCCCCCGAAGGGCUCUUCGGGCUGGUGAACAACGCGGGGGUGGCCAACCCCAUCGGCCCCACGGAGUGGAUGCGGAUCGAGGACUACCGGCAGGUGAUGGCCGUCAACGCCUUCGGGGCCAUCGAGGUGACGCUGGCGCUGCUGCCGCUGCUGAAGCGGGCGCGGGGCCGCGUGGUGAACACCUCCAGCGUGCUCGGCCGCCUCUCCGCCAACGGCGGCGGCUACUGCCUCUCCAAGUACUGCAUCGAGGCCUUCUCCGACAGCCUCAGGCGCGACAUGCGGCACUUCGGGGUGAAGGUGAGCAUCGUGGAGCCCGGCUUCUUCAGGACGGCCGUCACCGACCUGGGGGGCAUCGAGGCGGCCCUGCGGCGGCUCUGGGAGCGCCUGGCCCCCGAGACGCGGCUCAGCUACGGCGAGGAUUUCUUCCACAAGUGUGAGCGGCGGGGGGGGGACAGGCAGGGGGGACACCUCCAUGCACCGGGGCGCACGGGACCCCCCGGGGAAGGGGGCACCAGG